CGCUGUGGUAGACCGGCCCAGCACUAUACUCACAGGGAGACAGACUUCAAAGUCAUCCAGGAUGGUUGCGGUGCUGUGAAUGCGGUUGCUGACCAGGGCCAGCUAGGGCCAGUAGCUAACACUCGCCUGACAGUGAUGCAAUGGAGAGGUCCCGUUGGGGAGACGGAGGACAAUAACUCCAGAGCUGAAGCCCUGGCUGCCAAAUCCCAGCUCCCGUCACUGUUUGCAUGAGAUUUGAAUAUCAUUUGCAGUGAGCAUGUCUGCAGAUUCGUUUGGCGCCGGGGGCAGCGAUGCCCAGCAGAGCCUACAGUCGUUCUGGCCACGCGUCAUGGAAGAGAUCAGGAACCUCACGGUGAAGGAUUUCCGCGUGCAGGAGUUGCCUCUCGCCCGAAUCAAGAAAAUCAUGAAGCUGGAUGAAGAUGUGAAGAUGAUCAGUGCGGAGGCUCCAGUGCUGUUUGCCAAGGCAGCUCAGAUCUUCAUUACAGAGCUCACGCUGAGGGCCUGGAUUCACACUGAAGACAACAAGAGACGCACCUUACAGAGGAACGACAUUGCCAUGGCGAUAACGAAGUUUGACCAGUUUGACUUCCUUAUCGACAUUGUGCCCCGGGACGAGCUCAAGCCCCCCAAACGACAGGAGGAGGUGCGUCAGUCGGUGGCCCCAGCAGAGCCGGUUCAGUACUACUUCACCCUGGCUCAGCAGCCAGGCCAGGUGCAGGGCCAGCAGGCCACUGGACAACAGGCUACCACCAUCCAGCCUGGACAGAUCAUCAUCGCACAGCCACAGCAAGGACAGGUGCUGCAGGGGACCACAAUGCAACAGUUACAGCAGGUGCAGGUAGCCCAGUCACAGGGCACACCUAUCACGGGAGGGGCUCCAAUGACCAUGCAGGUGGGAGACCAGCAGGUCCAGAUAGUACAGGCAUCGUCCCAGGGCCAGACCCAGACGGUGCAGUCAGGACAGACCAUGCAGGUCAUGCAGCAGAUAAUCACCAACUCCGCAGAGAUCCAGCAGAUACCAGUGCAGCUGAACAAUGGUCAGUUGCAGUACAUUCGGCUGGCACAGCCUGUCUCUGGCACACAGGUGGUUCAGGGACAGAUCCAGACGCUGGGUAACACUCAGCAGGUACAGAUUACACAGACUGAGCAAGGCCAGCAGCAAUUCAACCAGUUCACUGACGGACAGCAGUUGUAUCAGAUUCAGCAGGUGAUGCCGGCGGGACAGGACCUGAGCCAGCCGUUGUUCAUCCAGUCCACCAAUCAGACUGCUGAUGGACAGGUCACCACACAGGUCAGCACAGACUGAGGCUCUGGAAGCAUCCUCCUGACCACCAAACCAUUGACCACACCACCUGCUACCAUCCAUAAGGACAACACUGGCUCAAACGCCAAGGGAUCUCCUAGGAGGCGUCCAAAAUGGUCAAAAGUAGAGCCCAAUAUAGGGUGCCAUUUGGGAUGUACCCUUACUUUCAUUCAAUACACUGGUCUAUGACAUGAUAUCGGUACUUAAAAUGAACUGUCUGACAACAACCGUUCUUAAUUCAGUAUACUGGGUCACAUACCAAAGGGACUGCUCUACAACUCCCUCUCAUUCCCAUUUAAUAUCGUCUCACUCUGCCUCCGUUAGUUCCUCCAGGCACCCACUCUCACCUGAUAGGUUCCCCAAAAAAAGCACCCAUUCAUGAGAGCUACACACAGGGUAUCUGAACACUGAAUCCUCCAGGACCCAACUCUCCUCCGUUUUAGUGACCAGCUGUCUGUCUGUAAACCCUUUAUGUACAAACCUCCUCUGUAUAUUCUCUGUCUCUCUGAAGUACACUAUAUGGGUGGCUCGUGUGUUCUCUAUGGGUACGUCCCAAAUGGCUCCCUAUUCCCUAUACAAUGCACUCAUUUUGACCACGGUCCAAAGGGUUUUGGUCAAAAGUAGUGCUCUAUAUAGGGAAUAGAAUGCAUUGGGAUGCAUCCUAUGGAACUCUUGGCCCUUGUUUUGUCUACAAGCCAAGAGAACAUAAAUCCUUUCUUUGUAAUGUUUUUAUGUGUAGACGUUUCAAAUAAUAAUCUAUAAAGCCAUACUCUUACCUAACCCAUUUAUUUCACAAUAAAUCAUUGUCAAUUGUACGAGACCAGCCAUGAUAGGUCAAUUAAGUUAUGUUAGUUUCUGGCAGGUUUUUCACAUUGACGAGACAUUGCCAUCGAUGAAAGGGCUUCUAACUGUAUGAUUGAGUUUGAAUUGUGUGUGUGUGUGUGUGUGUGUGUGUGUGUGUGUGUGUGUGUGUGUGUGUGUGUGUGUGUGUGUGUGUGUGUGUGUGUGUGUGUGUGUGUGUGUGUGUGUGUGUGUGUGUGUGUGUGUGUGUGUGUGUGUCAUUCAAUAUUGUGCAGUUACUGCAGUAUACUUUCCCCAUGGCCCAGUGAUCCUAUUCACCUCUUCAGUGCCCCCUCUUCUCUAUUUCCUCUUCUAUUCCCCUCUCUGUCUCUCCAUUCAUUUCCACUGAUCACUCUAUCAUUGUUAGAGCAGGGAGAGGUUAGGCCUUUCUGUCUCUGCAGUCUCUUCUUUCUCUCUUUUUCUCUCCAUUUACUGUUUCCUGUAUCCAGAGAGGUUUGUGGUUCUCCUGCCUGCUCUGAGGACGUCUCCUGUAUAAAAACAACUCCAUUGGGAGAAAGGCCUCUUUUUAUAAACUCUUAUUUUGAAAUCCUGUUGUAACUUGUCAAUGUUCAUUUGUUUUUAUGAUCACCCCUCUCCCUCCUCCCCUUUCUUAUUUAGUAAGUUUAAUUGUUAUCAUUGCUGUUCUUAUUAUUGUCGAUUUGCAUGUAGUUUAAACUGCCAGCAUGAUAUGCAAUAGAUGGGUAGACAUUCUAUUUUGUAAGCAAACUUUGGGUUUGUGAGUAAAUAAAAUGCAAAUAAAAAACAUUACAUGCAA